UGAACAACCUGGUGCUGUUCGACAAGGCCACCUAUGACAAGCUGUACAAGGAAGUGCCCUCAUACAAGCUGAUCACUCCCUCCGUCGUCAGUGAGAGGCUGAAGGUGACUGGAUCCCUUGCUCGCCGUGGACUCCAGGAAUUGCUUGCAAAAGGUUUGAUCAGACAGGUGGUGAAGCAUCAUGCCCAGCUCGUUUACACCAGGACCACCAAGUCUGAAGAUUAAAUAAACAUUUUGGUUUAA